AAAAAAAUCGGGAAAUUGGAUUAACCAAGUGACUAAAACAUGCAAAAUGAUUCUUCUUGAUGAAACAAAGUUGUGUUCAACCUAACAUAUGCAAACCGUAUGGUUUAGAUGCGCUUAAAGUAAAUCAAUGGGUAAAGAAGCAAAAUAUACUGUCUUAACAAGAAGACCAUCCAAGAAGAAAUGUCUGAUCAUUUCGCUUAUUGGACUAAUUUUAUUAAUUGUAAUUAUUGUCAUUAUUGUUGUGGCUACGAAAAAGAAAGAUAAAGAUAAUGAUGUUUCACCAAGCAGCGGGUUUGUGGCGCAGAAAUACAAGAAAGCAGCGGUUGCAGCUGAUGCUAAAAUCUGUUCACAAGUUGGUGCAAAUAUGUUAAAGAAGAAUGGCAGUGCCACUGAUGCCGCCGUAGCCACUUUAUUCUGCCUGGGCGUGGUCAACUUGCAAUCUUGUGGUAUUGGCGGUGGCGGCUUUAUGGUGUUCUAUCAAAAAGCAUUAAAAAAGUUUACUAUAUUUGAUUAUCGAGAGGUUGCACCCUUAGCAGCUACUAAGGAUAUGUUCAUUAAUGACAGCUCUGUCCGUGGUGGACUUGCUAUUGGUGUACCAGGACAGGUCAAAGGUCUGCUUGAGGUUCAUAAAAAGCAUGGCAAAUUGAACUGGUCCGAACUUGUUGAACCAGCCAUCAAACUUGCAGAUGAAGGAAUAAUUAUUUCCAAGGCGUUGGCUGGAACGAUAAAAUCUGCAAGCAAAAAUGAACAUCUCUCUGAUAAUUUGAAAAAGCUGCUGACAAAGAAAGAUGAUGUGACAUUCCUAGGUGAAGGAGAUGUGCUUGUUAAUAAGAGGUUAGCGUCAACACUGAGGACGAUUCAGAUGAAACCUAAUGAUUUCUAUGUAGGAGACCUGGCAAAGAAAAUUGUUGCAGAUGUUACUGAAGCAAAAGGUUUAAUCACCGAAGAAGACCUAAAAAAAUAUUCAGUAGUAAUUCGUGAAGUUGUAAAAUUUCCAUUGCCGAAUGACCUUGUGUUAAACACUAUGAGUGCACCAGGUGGAGGUCCUAUUGUCUCGAUGAUUCUUAACAUCAUGUCAGGCUAUAAUCUUUCAAAUUACGACUUAUCAAAGCAGAAAGAUCAAUUGGCAUACUAUCAUAAAUUGGUGGAGUCAAUGAAGUUUGCGUAUGCUCAAAGAGGACUGCUGGGUGAUCCAGACUUUGUACCUGAAAAAAAUAUUAGUGAGGUACUCGAUCUUGUCAAAGACCCAAAAAUCGGCGCCAAAAUACGAGAGAAAAUCUGGAUGAACCAAACACACCCGUUAAGUUAUUAUGGAGGAUAUUUUGGAAAAAAUGAUUUUGGUACGUCACACGUGUCCAUUCUCGCAGAGAAUGGAGAUGCUGUGGCUGCAACUGCUACUAUUAAUUGGGGGUUUGGCUCGUACGUCCGAUCAUUAGACACAGGAAUCAUAUACAACAAUGAAAUGGAUGAUUUCUCCACUCCUGGAAAAAGCAACUUAUAUGGCUAUCCUCCAUCUCCAGCUAACUUUAUUGAACCUCGUAAACGUCCGCUCUCCUCCAUGUCACCCUCCAUUGUAACAGAUAAAAAUGGAGAUGUUAAAAUGAUUGCAGGUGCGUCUGGUGGAUCAAGGAUUAUUUCCGGAACUGCUCAGGUCUUGCUAAAGAAACUGUAUUUGGGUCUGCCUUUGGGAGAGUGUGUCUCCUCCUAUAGACUGCAUCAUCAAGGCGUUCCCAACUAUAUCACUUACAACCCAAAAUACGCACCGCCUAUGAGACUGUUAGACGAUUUGAAGAAACUUCGUCACACGUACCAGAAGAAAGGAAGUAUUUCAGUCGUACAAGCCGUAUAUAAAGAAGGCAAUGAUAUAUAUGCGAUGAGUGACCCUAGAAAAGGCGGUGAAUCUGAUGGAAUUUAGAACAUGUAUUUAUAUUAUGCAUUUUUUAUGUUUUGAAUGAUGUGAUUGAUUGAUUGAUCGAUCGAUUUGAUUGGUCGGUCGGUUAGGAUAUUUAAAAAAUAAAUUUAUGCUGACUACCUUAUUGCAUCAUCAAUAAUGAUGCCAUAAGAUCAGAUGAUAAUCUCUGAAGCAACGGAAAGAAGUUUUAAAAAAAUUCAAAAAUACUUUUAUCAACUCUUUACAUCAAGUUAUUUUUCGUGUUGGGUUCCUUUAAUUUGUAUUUUGGCGGUUUGUUGGUUAUAUAUGCAACUUUCGCUACAUAUAAAACUUUUAUAUUGUGAUUUUUUAUUGCAUUUAUUCAACGGCAAGCUCCAGUGAAAAAAGAUUUAAGACAAUACGUCAAUAUAUCCCUCACAAUUGCUAAAAAUUUAUGUCUCUACCAAUUUUAGAAAUCUUCGAAAAACUUUUCAAGAAUCGUUUUAGAAUUUCUGUUCAUUUCUGUUCAUUUCUGGCAAUUCACUUUUUCAUUCGUUGAUAAAAUUUCAUUCAAUACUGGCGAAGAUAAUAAGUUAGAUAGUUCAGAUUCCGUUAUUUUUAUUCAUGACAACGAUUUUACGAUGCUAUAGCCUUAGGAUUUUAUCUCUUGUAUCUGCUGAUCAAGGUUCUACAUGCGGUGUGAAUAUUCAUAAUGAACGAUUCACGUUUGGUUAUAUCUAAGUAACAUUCUCCUUAAGGGGAAAUUUGUCAUAACACAAAUGUAUUUAUUUAUUAUCACUGUUCAUUAAUUUCAUUCUCCCGCAUAUAUUUAUUUUCAUUUAUAUGUCACGAAGUUGGUUUUUGUACUGAUCUGCAUUGGAACACGAGACGUCAAUUUUUUAA